UACACCUUCAUGUCACUCUUUCUCGUUACUCCCUCCCCAUUUGUGUCUUACCUUUCUUUACACAUUUAAUUAAUAAAUGGGGUUUAUAAUAUUCUUUACACUUGUUUUCAUUCUCAUUGGACCAUCACUCACCAAUGCUGGCUCCUGGCCACCUUCACCUGGGUUCUACCCGAGCUCCAAGUUCAGGUCCAUGUCCUUUAACCAAGGCUUUAGAAACCUCUGGGGUCCUAGCCACCAGACCGUUAACAACGAUGCUCUUGCCAUCUGGCUCGACCGUACAUCAGGAAGCGGGUUCAAGUCGGUCAAACCAUUUAGAUCCGGUUACUUCGGAGCAUCCAUCAAACUUCAACCGGGUUAUACUGCGGGAGUCAUAACAGCAUUCUAUCUUUCAAACAAUGAAGCACAUCCAGGGUUCCAUGAUGAGGUUGACAUAGAGUUUCUUGGAACAACAUUUGGGAAGCCAUACACACUACAAACAAAUGUGUACAUAAGGGGAAGUGGUGAUGGCAAGAUUAUUGGGAGAGAAAUGAAGUUUCAUUUAUGGUUUGACCCCACAAAAAAUUUUCAUCACUAUGCAAUCUUGUGGAGCCCACAUGAAAUAAUAUUUUUGGUGGACGAUGUGCCAAUAAGAAGAUACCCAAGGAAAAGUGAUGCUACGUUUCCAUUAAGGCCAAUGUGGUUAUAUGGGUCAAUAUGGGAUGCGUCUUCUUGGGCGACUGACAAUGGUAGAUACAAAGCCGACUACAGAUACCAACCUUUUGUAGGAAGAUUCACCAAUUUCAAAGCAACUGGUUGCUCUGCCUAUUCAUCACCACGGUGCCACCCUGUCACCGCCACUCCAGGACGAUCUGGUGGCCUUAGCAGGAGGCAGCGCAUGGCGAUGAAAUGGGUGCAUAGCCACUACAUGGUUUAUAACUAUUGCAGAGACAACAAAAGGGACCAUUCCUUGACACCAGAAUGCUGGAAAUAAUAAGAUUUGACAAUUUGACUAUUUGCUAUUUACCCAACACAUUUAAGGUCACAUGGGAAGCCCUUAAAGUUAAGGGCACUUUUUUUAUUAGCUUUUUCAUUCUCUAGGGUGUGUUGUGAUGGGACCCACAAAGGUGGUUCAGCAUCCAAAGCCCUCUAGAAGAGCAAAGAGAUUUAUUUGUAUUGUGUAUUUGUGUGUGGUUUUUGUCAAGGUUUAAGUAAACUCAUGGUGUUUUAAUAUAACUUGGGAAAAAAAAAUUAUAGAUUUAUUAUAUGAAGUUAUUGUUUUCUUUUUAAA